AUGGCAGCAACUGAGGUGCUUGAUAUUGGCAGUGAAUUUCACCUUGAAUGUCUUUGGUUUGGUUUUGAGUCGCUUUUACAAAAUGACCUAGAUAAGGUCAAGAAUCACUGGAACACACACAGAAUACGACGUUCAAAAUAUGGUACAGUUCCAGGUGUGCCUGAUAUAUUGGUUUUUUUCUGCCUCAGCGUUCAGGUGCUGUAG